UGCUCCGUGCCGUCUCUGCUGCCCCGCUUCCCCCGCGGUCCCCCGGAAACCUCUGGGCCCGCUGCGGGGGGACUGGCGGUCACCGCGGCCGGCGGCCCCAGCCCGAAGCUGGGAGGGCCCGCAGCCCCCUCCGUCCUGGGGAGCGCCCGGAGCUCUGCUCUGCUAGGGGCUGCUCUUAAUCGCCUACGAUGAGGAUCCGUCUGGCGAGAAGAUGGACGUGGGUCCGCAAGAGCUGCCUAUUUCUCGGCUUCUUGAUGAUCGCUUACUUUGUGGUCGAGCUGUCGGUUUCUUCCUUCGGUGCCUCCCUGGCCGGGGAGAGCAUCACCAAAGGGAAGUGGGAGAGGCGCUUUUCUGACAGAGCAGAAGAGGCUGUGGAUUUGGCUCGUCCAGUUUAUGACAAAUCCCCGCCUGAUCCCUAUGCCCCUGGAGAAUGGGGUAAGCCCUCUCGCCUGCAGCUGAGUCCCGAGGAAAAGAAACAGGAAGAAGAGCUGAUUGAGAAGUAUGCAAUUAAUAUUUAUUUGAGUGAUAAAAUCUCUCUUCACCGGCACAUUGAAGAUAAUCGACUGAGUGGCUGUAAAACUAAAUCUUAUGACUACAGAAGACUGCCCACAACAUCUGUUAUAAUUGCUUUUUACAAUGAAGCCUGGUCAACGUUGCUGCGGACAAUACAUAGUGUUCUUGAAACAUCACCUUCAGUGCUUCUCAAAGAAAUUAUACUGGUGGAUGACUUGAGUGAUAAAGUGUAUUUGAAGACUGAACUUGAAAAAUACAUAAGCGGUCUGAAAAGAGUUCGUUUGAUAAGAACCAACAAACGAGAAGGAUUGGUUCGUGCACGCUUGAUUGGUGCUACCUUUGCUACUGGUGAUGUCCUCACGUUUCUAGACUGUCACUGUGAAUGUGUAUCUGGUUGGCUGGAACCACUGCUUGAGAGGAUUGCUGAGAAUGAGACUGUUAUUAUUUGUCCUGUCAUUGACACCAUUGACUGGAAAACAUUUGAAUACUACAUGCAGACGGCAGAGCCCAUGAUCGGGGGGUUUGACUGGCGUCUGACGUUCCAGUGGCACUCAGUGCCUAAACAUGAACGCCUCAGGCGCAAAUCAGAAACUGACCCAAUCAGAUCCCCAACUAUGGCUGGUGGCUUGUUUGCUGUCAGCAAGAAGUAUUUUGAGUACCUGGGUACCUACGAUACAGGAAUGGAUGUUUGGGGAGGGGAGAACUUAGAAUUAUCAUUUAGGGUUUGGCAGUGUGGAGGCAUGUUGGAAAUUCAUCCAUGCUCCCAUGUAGGCCAUGUGUUUCCAAAGCGUGCGCCCUACGCUAGACCGAAUUUCCUUCAGAACACGGCACGUGCUGCAGAGGUAUGGAUGGAUGAGUACAAAGAGCACUUUUACAACAGAAAUCCUUCAGCAAAAAAAGAAAACUAUGGAGAUAUUUCUGAGAGAAAGAUACUAAGAGAGCGUUUAAAAUGCAAGAGUUUUACCUGGUAUUUAAAGAACAUAUUUGCUGAGUUGCAUGUACCAGAAGAUCGUCCCGGCUGGCAUGGUGCUAUCCGCAGCGCAGGAAUAGCUUCCGAAUGCCUUGACUACGUCUUACCAGAACAUAAUCCUACUGGGGCUCACCUUUCUCUUUUCGGGUGUCAUGGCCAGGGAGGCAAUCAAUUUUUUGAAUACACAUCAAAUAAGGAGAUUAGAUUUAACUCUGUAACUGAGCUAUGUGCUGAAGUCCCCGAGCAUGAAGACUUUAUAGGUAUGAGGAGCUGCCCAAAAGAUGGAUCUCCUAUCCCAGAAAUUAUUAUAUGGCAUUUCAAAGAAGAUGGGACUAUUUAUCAUCCUCAUUCGGGAAAGUGCCUUACUGCUUAUCGUACAACUGAGGGGCGUGCUGAUGUGCAAAUGGGAGCUUGUAAUGCUGCAGAUAAAAAUCAGAUUUGGAAAUUUGAGAAAUAAUCACUGCUGGUAGUACAAUUCAAAUGGACUCUGAUAUCCAAGGAUUUAUAUGCGUGAGCAGAUAGUGAUGUUUAGUUGUAUACCUUGGAAUGUCUUCAGAUGCAUUCCUAGUGGUGUAAAAACUAUAUCGCUGUGGUGAACUGUAUGGAAAGCAAAAGUAAAUACUUGGAUUUAAUUUCUAAAACAUUGAAUACAGAUCUAAUGCCUUUUAUUUUUUUAAAACUUUGAUCUGUUAUUUUCUUACUUUGGUCUAUCUUGAUUAUGGUUAAUCAAAGGCUUUUGAGUGGACUGAGGAGGGACUUUUUUUUCUUUAAAAAAAAAAUCUACACAUUAAACCUGCAAGAUAGUGUUACAUGACAGUAAAAAAUCUUUACUUACCAAAGUAAAAGUUAAGGUUCUUGCAGUGGAAUUAACUGACCUGUGUUGCAGUUACAUUUUAAGAUAUGUAUCUUAACACCCUAAAUGAUGCUACAGUAGCAUGUGAUUGAAUCAGCAUCGAUGUGCAAAGUUGAGGCUUAAGCCUUGUAAUAUUUUGCAGUUUUCUGGGAAUUUACAGGCUAUUAAGGGUUCCAGGGUGGCAACUAGCUGUACUACUUUGAAGAAAUGGAAGUUUUUCUAGUAGAUGGGCUUUGGCACUGCUUUGCAGUCUUGUGCCUAUUCUGGAAAACUUAACUCAUGACGGCAAGUCAGGAGUUCUCAUGUGUUUGGAGUGCCGUAGCAGUGGAACCAGGGAUGUGCUGGCCAUACCACAAAUGGGAAGAAAUAGUUGCCUUAUGAGAACUCUGUUUAAGGGUAAUGGAGAAGGAAAGAAAGCAAACAUUGUAUUGGCUACUGCUGUUUCUUAGCUAUAUCUUUAAUAUUUACGUUACCUCUGUGUAAGCUUUUCCACCGUAAGCCUGGCAUCCCAGAGACACAUAACUGAGGUUAUAUACCAUACAGUGUAUCCUUUUUUAUUUCCUGUCCGUCAGUGGGUUAGAGGAAGGAGAUGCAGAGGAAAACUUGGGCUGUUUUAUUUUGAGUUAUGUGUUUGGCACCAGCUGGCAUGCAUCAGCCCUAGAUAGAGUUUUGAAAUAAUGUAGCAUACAUUUUUCUAGUGACAGUAGUACCAUGGAGACCUAAGGUUGGAAAAGGUUGGGAAG